AUGCCCGUGGGAAUCUUCCGCGUGUGCCUAGUGGUGAUUACAGCUAUUGUCAACCACCCGCUCCUCUUCCCUAAAGAGAAUGGCACUGUCCCCGAGAACACGGAAGAAAUCAUCCAGAAGAUGAAGGAGCGGGAGGAGAGCCUUCGGCUGGAGCAGUUGCGCUUGGAGCAGGAAAUAGCAGACCAGGAAGCCACACAGAAGGCUCUGGAGAAGGCUGCAGAGGUAGUGGAGGAAAGCAAAGAGGAAAAGGUCCGAUGGGAUAUGUGGACUGCCCUUUCCAUGGUCAUCUUUCUGCUGAUCGAGCUCUGGAGGCAGGAUUUCCAGGAAGGGAAUUGGCAGGACACAGGAGGAGAAGAGGAUGACAUGGCUGUCCUGGGGAAAGCAUUUAAAGGAGUGGCCUUCCCUGACAAGGCUGUCUUGGCCAGCUUCUAUGAGAAGCGUAUCCUGGGUACCACUGGAGACAUGGCCAGGAUGCGGGAGAUGGUGGAAGGCUUUGCAGAUGACCUGCUGGAGGCCUUGAGGAGUGUUUGUAACCGGGAUGCUGACAUGGAAGUGGAGGACUGCAUGGGUGUGGGGAGCAUGUAUGAGAAUUGGAGAGUGCGUAAACCUUUUGUCUGUGAUCUGAUAGUGCCUUUUGCCCCCCCAGAGCCAUACUGUUUCCGGUCCCAGACCUGGUGCUCUGGCGACUGUUUUCCCCCCGAUGAACAAGGUUAUGGCACUAUCAAGGUAUGCAGGGCAGAUGAGGAUGUGACAGGUUGCAUCUGUGACAAGACUAAACUAGGGGAAGAUAUGCUGUGCCUCCUCCAUAGCAAAGCCAAUACUACCAGGCCCAGCAGUGAGAUGGAAGACCUCCUGUGCUUCAAAAAUACUCAAUAUCUGGAUGCCGACCAAGUCAUGAAGUGGUUUCAGAUCGCGGUCACCAAGGCCUGGAACAGAAUCUCCCACAAGUACGAAUUCGACCUUUCCUUCAGCCUCCUGGACUCGCCAGGAGCCCUGAAGAUAAAAUUUAGGUCAGGGAAAUCAAUUGCCUUCAACCUCACCCCGGUGGUGCAGUAUGAGAACUCUGACGUUUACUUCAUCUCUCAUUUCCCUCGGAGGGGCCUGGCAGCAGACCUCCCCUCCAGCACUCACUGGUUUCUCACCUUUGCAGUGUAUGAGAGGAGGUUCAUCCAGCUGGUCUCCAAAACGCUGCCUGCUAACGCCUGCCAUGUCAGCUGCCUUCAGAUCCUCUCCUUCCUCCAUGGGAAGCAGUGCAGCCUCACAGGUCCAAGCGGGCUCACCAACUACCACCUGAAAACAGUGAUGCUGCAUCUCCUGCAGGCACGUCCCAGUCAGGACUGGGCCCCAGAGAAGUUGGAGGCCCGUCUACAGGACUUGCUGAAAUUCCUGGAGAAAUGUUUGCAUGAGAAGAAGCUCUACCACUUCUUCAUUGGCAAUGGGAAGGUACCAGCAGAGCUGGGCUUCCCCAUCAUAUUCCAGAGGGCUGAGCCUCUCAACCUUUUCCGUCCCUUUGUGCUACGCAGGGAUGUUUACAGGAAGACGGUGGACACGUUCCAUGAGAUGCUCAGGAACAUGUCUGCACUGAUAAAUGAGUACACGGUGCACAUUCCCCUUGCACACACCAAUGGGAUCCAUAAGGAUUCCCUUUAACCAAAGCCAGCAGGAAAACACUUGUUCCUCUAAGCACAAGUCCAGAGGGCAGCUUUCUGAAGCCUCCUGGAGACAAC